AUGGGCGGCAAGAGGUUUCCGGAUUUCCCGCCCGAGGGAUUCAAAGGCAGGACCCUCCGCCGCGGGGACCCGGGGUACACGGAGGCGCGGAAGAUCCCCAACGCCCGGUACGGCAGCGAGCCGGGCCUGAUAGCGCAGUGCCUCGACGCCGACGACAUCGUAGCGGCCGUCAAGUACUGCGACGCGCACGACGAGCCGAUUGCCAUCCGUAGCGGCGGGCACGCCAUUGACGGGCACGCCAUGCCCCAAGACGCCUUUGUCAUUGACACGACGCCCAUGAAGAACAUCGCCGUCGACCCGGAGACGGGCGUCACCACCGUCGACGCCGGCGUGCUCCUGGGGGAAAUGGACGCCGCCACCCAGGAGCACGGGUACGUCGUGCCGGCGGGCACCGUGUCGGACACGGGGGCCGCGGGGCUCACGCUCGGCGGCGGCAUGGGCUACCUGACGCGGCGGUUCGGCAUGACGGUCGACAGCCUGCUCUCGGUGGACGUGGUGACGGUCCGGGGCGAGCGGCUGGUCGCGUCGAGGGACCGGAACCCCGAGCUGUUCUGGGGCCUCCGCGGCGCCGGGCACAACCUCGCCGUCGCCACGUCCUUCACCUACCAGGCGCGCAGGGUCGGGCCCGGCGUCGUCAGCGGCCUCAUCAUCUACGCCAUCGACGACGCCGCCCGCAUACUGCCCCGGCUCGACGCCGUCAUGGCCCGCGCCCCGCGCGAGCUGACCAUAUACCCGGUGGCCGCCGUCGUUGUGGACGCGGUCAGGGCGGCGCCGGCCCCGACGAGCCCCGGGCCCAGCGUCGCCAUCGCCCUCCCGUGCCUCGGCGGCGCCAACCUCGACUUCCCCGAGGACUCGACGGCCUACUCGCGCCGCGGGGCCAACUGGAUGUGGGAGGUGCUGGGCAUGUGGGACACGCCGGGCAAGGACGCCGAGUUUGUGCGCUGGGUCGACGGCGUCAUGGCGGCCAUGACGCCGCUUUCCCUGCGCAACGGCUACGUGAACCUGUCUUGCGACCGGGGGCCCGAGUGGCUGCGGAAUCUGUACGGCUCCCGGGAGAAGUGGGCGCGCAUCUGUGCGCUCAAGGAGGCGUUUGAUCCGCACAACCGGCUGCGGUACAACAAGAACGUUGCGAGGGCGGCGCUGCAAGCUCCGGCCAGCUGGUCCUGGGUGCCGUCGUGGGUGCGGCCUUCGUGGAUGGGGAGCGUCGUGUGGGCGCUGGCGCUUCUCGUCGUGUGCAGAGUCGGCGUUUACUUGCAGCCGAACUGGGGGCUGGCGUUGUAUCUGGUGAGGCGGCUCGGCUCCAGUAAUAGCGCCGCGGCGUGA